CUUAAAUGAUGAUAUAUGUCGUGCUGUUAGGUAAACUAACACAAAAAGAGAGCGUUUCUGAAAAAUGGAAGAUUCCCUGAAAGAUCAUCAAUUUGGGCAAAAAAUGCCAAAUCUGUCAAUGGAAAAAUGCCGUAAUGUCAGUACAGUUCUGAGCGGAACACCCACCACUUCUGCAAUCAUGUUCUCUGCUGGUGUCCUCGGUAACGUAGUCGCGCUCGUUCUCCUGAAAAUAAGACGUAAAAAUCAAAGCGCUUCCCUUUUUCAGGUACUAGUGACUGCGCUGAUCAUUACGGAUCUUGUUGGUACUUUUUCCGUCAGCCCUCUUGUGAUUACUGCCUACUCAAGGAAUCAGUCAAUGAUUGGGUUGAGCGGUAAUGAUAGUAACAACACUAUUUGCUCACAUUUUGGUUUCGCCAUGACAUUUUUUAGCCUUGUAACUUUGGCAUUACUGUUAUCCAUGGCUUUGGAGCGUUGGUUUUCUAUUGGACUGCCUUACUUUUAUGAGAGACACAUAAACACGCGCUGUGGAUACGUCGCAAUCAUACUAAUUUACCUGGUCUGUACUUUAUUCUGUGUCACGCCUUUCUUCGGAUUUGGGAGGUACGUUCAGUAUUGCCCCGGAACAUGGUGCUUUAUCGACAUGAACUCAGACGAACUCGGACAUAAAGUGUACAAAAACAUAUAUGCCUCUUGUUUGCUCGCGAUGAUAGUAUGUACGGUGCUUUGCAACGCAUCGGUCAUCUAUCAUCUUCUGCUCAUGUACCGGAGACGCAAGGCGAAUAGGAGCUCUUUCAGACGUCCAAAGGGGUCAAAGCGCUCGCUGUCCCUCACAAAAGAAGUAGAACAUUUGGUGCUUCUCGGGUUUAUGACGAUUGCGUUUCUCAUUUGUUCACUUCCGCUUGUGAUUCACGUUUAUAUCAGCUCCUCUAGGGACACAAAAUAUCCUGCAAUGGACCUCACAGCUUUGCUGUUAUUAUCCAUGAACCCUAUCAUAGACCCCUGGGUCUUCAUCAUACUAAGCCCCCCUGUGCCACGUCUGCUCUGGGGAGUGAUAUGCCAUGCUCCACGGUCACAGCAUAGCCAUGACAAGCUAGGCAUGACAAGACCCCAGCCCACCAACAACAAGGACCACUGCAUCCUUUCUGAGUCCUUUCAGACAAGUCCGCCCAUAGAGUUACAGACAUAAAACAUCUCAAUGAUAGCUUCUGCAUGAGGGAUGGGAGUUGCUUAAAGCCUUCUUCCAUGGAUUUGAGAGACCAUCAUCUGUUUAAACCAUAUUUAUUUAUUUUGUCUUUAUUUAUUACACACAACAUAAGUGUACUAUUGGUUCAUCAUAAUCAGAUCAACAAAUAAAAAUGUAAUCCAAAAUUUCUAAGAUUAUACUGAAUAGUCUUUGAUUCGUUGACACACUUAUACUGUGAAACGAGGAUUUGUAGAUCAUUUUAAAAUAGCUCUGAACUUCAGAGGCUCUAUAUAUUUAUAAUAUCAUCUGUUUUUGUUUUCGACUCCUAAGUCCUUAUCAACCAGUACAGUGCUGUCCAGAUGAUUGUCAUUACAACACUGAACUCAUCAACCUCAGAAAGACUGAACUCAGUCAAUAUGAGCAUUUACAGUAAGAAAUAACUUGUUUGGAAAUGCCAUGUCUUAAUAGUUAUAUUUUUAAAUACUUGUCAGUAUAUGAUUAGCUGAGUUUUAAAGCACUGUAAAAUAUGCAUUUAUAAACUUAUUCAUGUUUACCAAUCCUUUAUUAAAUUAAUUAUAUAUUUCUGUUUAUAAUAUUGAGCAGUCACCCAUACACUGAUUUUACUCAUGCACUGCUAAACCAGCCAGCUCCACAAAAUCUCCAUGCCUUGUUAAUCAACCUUUCAGCAGAUUCUUAAAGAAAGUCUAUCCGAUUUUGAGAUUGUUCAUUUCAUUGUACUCUGUACUUGUGCAUAUGUAUAAUGACAGUAAUGAAUUGUAUAAUGACAGUGAUGAAAUGAAUUAAAUUAGUUUCACAUUUAUGUACAUCAUUCCUUUUAAGACUACAAGAUUAGAUAAGACUAGAUGUAAAAUGGAAACUACUUGCACCACACUAAUACAGCACUACUCUCAUCUAUGUUUUACUGUUAUCAAGAUUUUAAUCAUUUUAUUUACCAACAGUGAAAUCAGAAAUUUGUCUAUAUCUAUCACUUUUUUCUGUGCCUGGUGUAAAGUCUUGUCCUGAUAACAACAAUCUCUUAUGUCUAGAAAGCCAUUUCAGCCUGUUUUAUACAUCCCUACAUUUAUUUUAAAGUGAACUGUCUUUUGGCUUUACUGUGUUGUGAUAAAUGUACUGGAGAAACAAGACCAUUAUUUUGUGCAUUCAUCCUAACACAGGAGAUGAACAUCAGAUAAAUGAAUCAACUUUUGACCAUUAUAGCACUGUCUAUUAAGUAUGCACUUAUCUUUCACUGCAAUCAAUAUACGAUUUGAUAAUAUAGAUUAUGUAUACAUUUUUCUUUGACAUUUGGGUUUUAGUGAAUGGUACCUGUGUUUUUAAAUAAAUGAUAAAUGGCUUCAAUUUCCAGUGCUGAUGUAACAGGUUUAUAACAUCUGGCUUAAAUGAGAUCCUUUAGCCAUUUAACUUGGCAUCCAGAAAAAUACUCAAACAGCUUACAAAGGCCUACUGAUCUGGUAUAUUCUGCACUUGAGGGUCAAUGUGUAUAUGAAUACAUUUCUUCAUUGUACCACAGGCAAGCAUUUUGGACUGUAAAUUGUGUCGUUUUUUAAUACUUUUUGUGGAAAAAUGUU